AUGACGGGGAGUCGAAUCACCGAUUGUUCCCAGUGCACUGCGGGUGUUGGUCUCUCUUGUCUCCAAACGAAUAGACGUAACGAUUCACCGUCGAAGAUUGAGUUGGGCAACAGGUUGAUUGUCCAAGUCUCCUCGAAUCUCGCGAAAAGACGAAUAUCUGUCAACGUGAAAGGUGUUCUUCUAUCGAAGAACUGCUCGAAUGUCAUUUGCAUUGUGACGACGUCUUCUUCUCUAGGCUGUGGAUGUCUUGGCGGAUGUUGUACGUAUGGUCCGCGGAUGUUGGGCGGACGCUCGUGA